AUGGCCAAUGCCCGGAGGCCCCCGGAUCCACAGAACAAAGCCACGGAUUCCGUUAUCCUCCAGUUUCGUUCCUUCUCCAGCCUCAGUCCCACCAGGUGUCAGGACUGCGCAGGGGCCCAGGGAAAGGAGCAGACAGGUAGCUCUUGGCCCCACUGCAGCCUGGGCCAGACCAAGCUGAGGUCUGAUGGGAAGGAGGAGAUCUGGGUGGGGGCCAGCCUGGCCUUUGGCCCCAUCUCCUCAGACAAGAAGAAAGGGAGAAGGCCUGGCUCACCCCCAUCUCAGACCGUUUUUAGCCCCCGAGGAACUCGGCGUCCUCCCAACAAGGUACCUUGGGGUGAAUCCCAGUGGACCAUCCCUGCUGUCUCUGGGAACCCUGCAGAAUGGGCUCUGGACAUAUCAGUGACCUCAGGUCCAACCCUCUCUGGGGUCCCUUUCCUCGAGAGUGAAGGAAGGCAGUUAGCACCUUCGGAACAAGGAUUGAAAGUCCCCUCCCUUGUUUCCCUGGGGGCCUUGGAGGCCCGAAGGUGCCUGCUGCACGGAGAACCGGUUUCAGCCCAGAGAGGUCAAGACGCUAGGCUGAGAUCUGGGCCCAGCCGGGGACGGAACCACCGCAGCAGGGUCCUGAGCUGCCGCCUGGAGUCAAACCCUGUCCAUCGCCUUUCCUUCUCCAGGAGCUUUGAAUCCCAGACUCCCAGAGCUAUUUACCAAGGCCCUCCAUGUACCUGGGACCAUGCUAGGCACAGCAAAAACAACCCCGGAUGUCUCCAACCCUCUUACUUUGCUGAGUGGACCCCACUGGAUCCUCCUUACUGCAGUUGGGCUGUAGCUCUGGACAAGGCCUGGGCGAGACACUGCCACUGCCAGUCACAUGGCGCAGGUGGGUCACAUCCUGCCCAGUGGAAGGCUUGUCUGGUCUCUGGGCCUCAUCUCUCCAUCUUGCGCCCAAGGCACUGGCAAGGGGCCUGGUGGACAGAUAGUUGGCCACGUCCAGUGAGUGGCUCUGCCCAAGGCUACAGAGGAUGGCAGGUGAAUCCAGGCCUCCACGUGGAUGAAGGCAAGAGCUGGUUGCUCCAGAGGGUAGAAGUGUGUGGACCCUGGAGGAAAGGUUAAGUUUUUCAGCUUUUUUGUGUCAGAGACUCCUUUGAUAUCUUUAGUGAUGUUUACUGAUCUCUUUCAGAAAAUGUGUCUGGGGUGAGUUUGUUUGUUUGUUUAAAGUAAUCUCUUCACCCAACAUGGGGCUUGAACUCUCGGCCCCAAGAUCAAGAGUCUCAUGUUCUUCCGACUG